CGAAAGGGGGGCGCUCAGUGUUCGACAAAUCUCAGUCCGACAAAGGAAGAUGGUGUUUCCAAUACGAGUCUCUCUGGGGAAUGUGAGAAGCGAUGCACAACCCCCAAACUAAAUGAAUGUGAAGAGAAGAAUAAUGGCUGUGGUCCUCCAGGAACUGGUCAAAAUGAAUCUGAGAGUGCUGAUCCAGUUCGGCAGGAGAGAGCAACCUCACCAGUGUUGAGCAGUGUGUCUAUGAAGAGCACAUGGUCAAUGGAUCCACCACUCAAAUUUGCGGAAGAGGCACCAUCCUCUGAGCAAAGAGCUCAGCCAGCGAGAGCAGAAUCCAUUGCUGCCAGCUGUCUGUCCAUAGAGAGUGAUUCAUCGAUGGAGCCACCAAUCACAUUCAAAGAGAACAAUGUUUCUACUGCAAAAAGAGACCACCAGAGUAAGACAAACAGCAAAAAUCCAAAUGAUCUUUUAAGCCAGAAUCAACAAUCAUACCUUUCAGCCAUUUUAAGGAUCGCCGAGGAGAGAGCCAUUGCUUUUAUGAAGAAAGAAAUGAGACAAAUCCACAGGGUUCUGAAUCCUGAUUGCCAGGAAUUCUUUGAAUUCUUUGAGUCAGAUGAGGAAGAUGAGGGUAAAGCACGAGAGGGAGUGGUGAACAUCACACUUCGCAUUCUGAGAGGCAUGCAACAGCAUGACCUUGCCGACAAGCUAGAGACACGUGAACAGGUUAUAGCAUGUCAUCGUAAGUUCAAGUCUGGUCUGAGGAGUAAGUGUCAGUGUGUGUUUGAAGGGAUUGCAAAGCAAGGGAAUCCCACCCUUCUCAACAAGAUCUACACAGAACUAUACAUCACAGAGGGUGGAAGUGGAGAGGUCAAUAAUGAACAUGAAGUAAGACAGAUUGAGAAAGUAAGCAGAAUGCCGGUAUCAACUGAGACUCCAAUCAGAUGCAACGACAUCUUUAAACCAUUACCCGGACAGGAAAAAGUUAUUCGAACUGUGCUGACAAAAGGAGUUGCUGGAAUUGGAAAAACAGUGUCUGUGCAGAAGUUUGUUCUGGAUUGGACAGAGGGAAUAGCCAAUCAAAAUAUUCAAUUUAUGUUUCCUUUGCCUUUUCGAGAGCUGAAUUUAAUGGCUGACAAUAAAUAUAGUUUGGAGGGACUUCUUCAUAUGUUUUUCAAAGAAAUGAAGGAAUUCAAACUUUCACACUAUGAUGACCACAAAAUUGUCUUCAUCUUUGAUGGGCUGGAUGAGUGUCGACUCCCCCUAGAUUUCCAUGGCAAUGAAAUAUGUACUGAUGUAACAAAGCCAACCUCAGUAGAUGCACUGCUGACAAACCUCAUCAAGAGGAACCUGCUACCCUCUGCACACAUCUGGAUAACCUCUCGGCCAGCAGCAGCCAAUCAAAUACCUGCUAAAUUUGUUGACCAAGUAACAGAGGUACGAGGGUUCAGUGACCUGCAGAAGGAGGAAUACCUAAGAAGAAGGAUCUCUGAUCCAAAACGGGCUGACAAAAUCCUCUCACACAUUAAAUCAUCAAGAAGCCUCUACAUUAUGUGUCACAUACCUGUUUUCUGUUGGAUUUCAGCCACAGUUCUGGAGAGGAUGUUGGGUGAAACAGAGAACCGGCAGAUCCCUCAGACCUUGACUCAAAUGUACACUCACUUCCUGAUCUUUCAGAUCAUGCAGAUGAAUGAUAAAUAUCAUGAAACAACCAAUAUGAAUCUACUUGGGAACGAAGACUACUUUCUCAAACUUGGAGAACUUGCCUUUCAGCAGCUGCAGAAAGGCAAUGUGAUCUUCUAUGAGGAAGACCUGAGACAGUGUGGCAUUGAUAUUAAAGAAGCGUCAGUAUACUCAGGAGUAUGUACACAGAUCUUCAGAGAGGAUUUUGGGCUUUACCAGGCAAAAGCCUACUGCUUUGUGCACCUUAGCUUUCAGGAGUAUUUGGCCGCUUUGUUUGUGUACCUUUGCUGGGUAAACAGCAGAGAAAACUGCAAAAGCCAAAACGUUGAACUUCAAGGGCUUCGUUUGGAUUCAACCAUGUUCACCCUGCAGGUCACAGCUGUGGACAAAGCCUUAAAAAGCAAAAAUGGACACCUGGACCUUUUCGUUCGCUUCCUUCUUGGUCUUUCUGUGGAGUCCAAUCAGACUCUUAUUCAGGACCACUUCACACAGAGAAAAAAUACCCCACAGAGCAAUGCGGAAAUUGUGGAAUACAUAAAGCAGAGGCUUGGGGAUAAUCUCAGUGCAGAGAGGUCUAUCAAUCUGUUUCAUUGUCUGAAUGAACUGAACGAUCACUCUUUGGUGGAGGAGAUCCAGAGCUACCUGAACUCAGGAAGUCUUUCCCCAGACAUCCUGUCCCCUGCACAGUGGUCGGCUCUUGUCUACGUGUUGCUGACAUCAGAAGAUGGAGUGGAGGUUUUUGACCUUCGAAAAUAUGGAAAGUCAGAUGAAUUUCUUUUAAGGUUACAACCAGUGGUGAAAACUUCUCGGACGGCUAUACUCUCUACAUGUAACCUCACAAAGAACUGUUGUUCCGGACUGGCCUCAACACUCAGAUCAGAGUCCUGUAAUCUGAGAGAGCUUGACUUGAGUUUCAACAACCUACAGGAUACAGGAGCAAAAUUACUGUCUGCUGGGCUGAAGAAUCCUCAGUGUAAACUGGAGAUACUUAGGCUGGCGUUUUGUGGACUAAGAAGGGAUGGCUGUUCUUUCCUUGUUUUAGCCCUGGAAUCCAACUCCUCUCACCUGAAGGAGCUGGACCUGAGUGGCAACAGCACCGGAAACCAAUCAGUGACUCCUCUCUUUACAAUGCUACCGCGAUGUCAGCUGGAAACACUAAGGCUGUCACAUUGUGGGGUCACCAGAAAUGGCUGUGCUUUCCUGGCCUCUGCUCUCAUUUCAAACCCUUGCAGACUGAAAGAGCUGGAUCUUAGUCAUAAUAAUCUGGGGGACUCAGGAGCAGGAUUCCUACCAGGAUUGCUUAACAACACAAAUUGCAAACUGGAAAACCUGAGACUGGAGGGCUGCGGAAUGACUUGGAAAUCGUGUGCAGAGCUAGCAAAUGCAUUCAGCUCACUGCACUCGAGUCUGAGAGCACUGGAUCUGAGUGAGAAUGACUUGCAGGAUUCAGGUGUGAAGGCACUCGCCGCUGGAUUGAGGAAUCCAGAUUGUAAACUGGAGAAGCUAAGGCUGUCAGCAUGUGGAUUCACAGAGAGGGGCUUUUCAUCACUGGCAUCAUCUCUGAGAUCAAACCUUUUGCUCUUGAAAGAGUUGAAUGUGAGUAAAAAUUUCCCUGGAGACAAAGGGAUGGGACAGCUCUGUGCUUCAUUGAAACAACCCAGCUGUUCACUUGAAAAACUGUGCAUGGACCGCUGUGACCUGUCAUGGAACGCAUGUGUAUCCCUCGCCUCAGUUCUUGGUGCAAAUUCAAAACUAAGAGAUCUGAGUUUGAGUGACAAUGACCUAAAGGACACAGGAGUGGAGCUGCUUUUAACUGGACUCCUGAAUCCUGCCUGUAAACUGGAGACAUUAAGGCUUGCUAAUUGUUCUCUCACAGAAAGCAGCUGGGACUCUUUGGUCUCAGCCUUCAGUUCAAAAAGCCCAGUCUUGAGAAACCUAGACCUGAGCAGAAAUGGCUUAGAUGAGACUGGAAUGAGCCUCCUCUUCUCUGUCUCCAAGGUUGAUGUGAUUUUACAAUAGGAAAAAGAGACAACAGGUGUGUUUUCUAACUGAUACUUAUGUGAACAUACAUAUACAUUCUUUUAAAAGAAUUUAUUCACAGUGAAGAACUGUGCAUUAUAAUUGUGGACUUUCAGUUUGCUCUGAUUUCAUUCCCUCCAGGACCUCUUUAUGUAGCAUCUAAAUGUGAUUGAUAUUUGAAGAAUCCAGAAUCCAACAACUAGAGAGCAUAUAUAUUUUUCACACCAUCAUGAAAUGUUUUCUAGAAUAGAUUACAUCAUUGUAUCUCGAGAACUCUCCUCUUCUGUGGAAUCUACAGAGUUCCUACCCAGGUCCAUGGUGCUACUUCUCACCUGGAAAAUAUUAAGGUUUGAACCUGCAGACAAAGGCUUAACAAUUCACUACUACAUACUCUGAGGUCUUGCCAGGACUGAACUGUUGGCACCCUGUUUGUUACUCAGUGUGACUGAUUAUCACUGUUUAAAGUAAUCCACAGAAAUCCACAAUGACAACGCACCUUCAUUCAGAACAGGACUAAAAACUACAAUCUUUUAUGAAAUUAGGACUUGAUAUGAUUCCUUGUUCAGUUUUGUGAGUAACUGAAGAGUUAAAGUAAAAUUAAAGUAGAACAACCUGUUUGCUUCUAUAUGGUUUUGCUUUGUGUCAAAGUGGUGCAAUACAACUGUAUUAGUUCCUAUUUUGAUAAAAUCUAAAUUAGCAUUUUACAGUUUAACA